CCUCCAGGAACUCUCUUCUCUCCACUGACUCAAAUUCCCCACUCACAGGGUCUCCUGGACUAUAGAUCUGACUCCUCAAGGGCUGGAAUCUUGCACGCCAUGGAGAGAAUGAAGACCCAGGCUGGCCGGCAGCUCAGUCUGCUGAAAGUGAAGAAGAAGUGGCUCUUACCAGCUUCCUGCAGCUUUUUCUUCGUGCUCUCUGUGCUCAUGACCGGCUGCUUCCUGUGGCAGUAUUACCUCCCCAAGCUGAAGACUGGUUCCUUGGGACCAGAGGUGACCUCUGCCCCCGUGAGGAUGUGUCCCCAGCACCCUGAGCCUGUGCCCCUGGCCCAUCCCCUCCCUGUGUUGAAGGAGGCCCUGGAAAAGGUGGACAGGAUCCUCCGCCAGGCCCUGUCUGCCCCGGGCCUGGCUGCCAUGUCUGCAGUUGUCAUCCACAAUGACACGGUGCUCUGGACUGGGAACUUCGGGAAGAAGAACGGUUCAGACCCGGCUUCUGGGCCCCCCAAUGAGUACACCAUGUACCGGAUCUCCAGCGUCUCCAAGAUCUUUCCUGUCCUGAUGCUGUACCGCCUGUGGGAAGAGGGCACCGUGGCCUCUCUGGAUGACCCUCUGGAGCGGUACGCCAGCGCCUUCACCAUUAACAACCCACUGGGUAUGACAUCAGCCCCCCAACAAAAGAGUCUGGUGGAUGGGCUGGAGGAGGUGGGCCCAGCCCCGAGGCCUUCACCUGUCACCCUCCGAAGGAUGGCCAGCCAGCUGUCGGGGCUGCCCCGAAGGCUCCGCUCCACUUCGCUGUUGUGGAGGGGCAGCACCCAGGAGGCCCUGAGCCUGCUCAAAGAUGACGUGUUGGUGGCGGAUCCAGGAACGAGGUGUCAUUACAGCACGCUGGCUUUCUCGCUUCUGGCCCACGUCUUGGCAGCUCACACCGUCCAGGGUGACUACCAGCGCUGGAUCUUGGAGAAGGUGCUGGAGCCGCUGGGGAUGGCAGACACAGGCUUCGAUCUGACGCCUUCUGUGCGCGCCCGGUUGGCAGUGGGCUUUUAUGGCAGCGGGCGGCCGGCACCUCUGUAUAACCUGGGCUGGUACCGGCCGUCGGGCCAGAUGUACUCCACUGCCGCUGACCUGGCCAAGCUGGCCAUGGUGCUCCUGGGCGGCGGGCCCCAGCGGCUCCUGCGCCCGGAUGCGUCAAAGACGCUGCUGGCGCCGCUGCUGGCCUGCUCAGGCGCCUACUUCGCAAACGAGACGGGCACGCCGUGGGAGUUCCACGCGCAGCGGGGCUACCGCGUGGUGCGCAAGGACGGCGAGCUGGACGGCUACGCGGCCACCUUCUCCCUGGUGCCGCCGCUGCGCCUGGGUCUCACGCUGCUUCUGGCCGGGCCGCGGCCGCCCGGGCCCGACCUCGUGGCGCAGGCCUACGACGUGCUCCUGCCGGCCAUGGAGAGGGCCCUGCGGGGUGCCGAGCUCAGCCCGGCGCCGCCGCCCAGCGCGCGCCCCUUCACCGGCUACUUCACCUUCUCCAACUUGACCUUCUACGACGUGCGCCCCGGGCCGGCGGGCGAGCUGCGCCUGCGCCAGUUCGGGCCCCGCGUGGAGGCGCUGGUGCCCGCCGCCUUCCGCACGCUCACGCUGCGCCACGUGCACGGCCGCGUCUUCCAGCUGCACGUGGCCCGCGAGUUCCCGUGCGCCCUGCCGCUCGGCGACUCCUGGCUGUCCCUGGAGGCCCAGCACGGGCAGCUGGUCAACUUCUACCCCUUGGACCGCCACGGGCUGUCCCCGGGCUUCGAUGUGCCGGGCCUCAACACGUACCGGGUGUUGCGGCUGUCGCACAAGCCGGUGUUCAAGACCCAGUGACCCUGGACUCCGUUUUCCCCUGUUGUUGCCUCCCAGCUGUCCAACCUAGUUUUGCAAAGUAAGGCUGCAUGAAGGUUUAUUGGAGAACCCAAGGAGGGGUAGGGAAGUGGCCCUCAGGGUUGUGGUUCGUGGACCACCGCCGGUUGCCAGCUGUCAAGUUAUCUGUCGGAGAGGAAGAGUUAGGUGGGCCCUGGGACUGCUUAACCCAGAAGAAUGUAAGAGAGGUGAUGAGAUUCCAGUUUCUGGACCAAGGCUUGAGACACCAGCAGCUUUCUCUUCCUCUCUUGG